CCUCUGCCCGGCUCCUCCCCUCCCCCUUCGCUCCUUGUCCCGCUCGCUUGUGGCGCUUGGCGGCUGCUGAGGAGACGCCGCCGCCGGAGCCCGGGCCGGCCUGUGAGGAGGAGCCGCCGCCCCGCACCCCCCCCCGGGAGAGCCGCCUCCGCCCCCCUCGCCCGGCGACACCCCCUCCCCGGUGCUGCCCGCCCACCGGCCCGCCGCGGCGCGCGCAGAACUCCUGAUUUCCAUUCUCUUGUGGGGAAGAGUUCCUGUUAUACUUGUUAGUUCAACAUGGCAGACCAGAGGCAACGUUCGCUGUCUACCUCCGGAGAAUCGUUGUACCAUGUUCUAGGACUGGACAAGAAUGCCACUUCUGAUGAUAUAAAAAAGUCAUACAGGAAACUUGCAUUGAAAUAUCAUCCUGAUAAGAACCCAGAUAAUCCAGAGGCUGCAGAUAAAUUUAAAGAGAUCAACAAUGCACAUGCAAUAUUGACUGAUGCCACAAAACGAAACAUCUAUGAUAAGUAUGGCUCCUUGGGCCUGUAUGUAGCAGAGCAGUUUGGAGAGGAGAAUGUCAACACAUACUUCGUCCUAUCCAGCUGGUGGGCAAAGGCCCUGUUUGUGUUCUGUGGGCUCAUCACCGGCUGCUACUGCUGUUGCUGUCUGUGUUGCUGCUGUAACUGUUGCUGUGGAAAGUGUAAACCUAAACCUCCUGAAGGCAGCGAGCAGGAAUACUAUGUCUCUCCAGAGGACUUGGAGGCACAGUUACAGUCGGACGAAAGGGAGGCCGCAGACACACCUAUUGUGAUACAACCAGCAUCAGCCUCAGAGACGACCCAGCUCACAACCGACUCUCACCCCAGCUACCACACUGAUGGAUUUAACUAAUGAUUUAGAAUGGAUAAAUAAAUACACGGCCAACUCAACACUAGAAUCAUGAACAUUAGAAAUAGCGAAUGGAGAGGGGGAAAAGUUUUGCCACAGUAAGAAGGCAGUCUCCAACCUGCCGAGAAUAUUUUGUAAUCCCUUCAGCCUUUUGUCACCUUCAGUGUCGUAUCUUGAUGAUACAUGAAGUGCUGUAGCAUGCAGUAUUUAAAGCAGUUUAGCUAUGG